AUGCCAUUGAUGAUGCCUACGAAGACCGUAGUUACAAUCAACUCGACUGGCCGUCAGACGGCCUCCUUUGUCCGUGUCGCCUCUGCUGUGGGCUGGCGCGUUAGAGCCCAGGUCCGAACUUGCGAUGGUUUGGUCGCCGAGGAACUUGCCGCUCUACCCAAUGUCGAAAUCGUUGAAGGAGAUUUGUGCCAACCAAAGGCCGAUUUGAUCCCCUUCUUAAAUCACCUUUUCGAAGGUGCUAAACUCGCCUUCAUCAACACUACUCAUUGGGGUGAUGAGGUCGCUAUCGGCAAAGCUUGCGCGGACGCCGCCAAAAGGGCGGGUGUAACUCAUUACAUCUACUCAUCCAUGCCAGAUCAUUCUGUCUACAACCCGGACUGGAGACCGCUCCCCUUGUGGUCGCAGAAAUUUACGAUAGAAAACUAUGUUCGCCAGCUUGGAAUCCCGGCUACCUUUACCUACACUGGAAUCUACAACAACAACUUCACAUCACUACCCUACCCGCUCUUCCGCAUGGAACUCCAAGAAGACGGCAGCUUCGUCUGGCAGGCUCCUUUCCACCCUCACGACCCAUUGCCUUGGCUAGACGCCGAGCAUGAUGUCGGCCCAGCCCUCUUGCAAAUAUUCAAGAUGGGUCCAAAUGCCUGGAAAGGCCAAAGGGUCACACUUGCUUUUGAACGCCUUAGUCCAAUUCAGGCUUGUGUCAAGUUUUCGCGCGGCGUAGGUAGACCCGUCAAGUACAUCCACGGACCGAUAGACAUCGAAGUCUCCAUUCCUAGCGGCUACCGGGAACACUUGGAAUCGCUUCAGGAAACUCUCGGCGAGAAAAGAGCCCCCUACUUCGGUCCCCUCGAAUAUCCUCAAGAAGCCAGAAGUCUUUGGGAAGGCUACCGUUCACUGGAAGAAUACGCUCGCGAAGUUUUCCCGGACGAAGAAGCUGCCAAUGGAUUGACUUGGAUGGACGACGACAAAGAAUUCCCCGAAUACGCCGAGAGCAAUGAAGACCCUGAUGAGGAUAGAGACGAAAGCAGUGUCUCCAGCACCACUAAUAUCACGCCCUCGUGGACACCUGGUAUGCGAACGCCAUUCAACCACCCAGAAGCCGAUGCCCACAACUUCUUCGUAGGAAGCUGUUGA